GACAGAGAAGAAGCUCUUGAUAUUCUCAGGCGUGGUUAUCAAUACACGAGAGGAAACCUGGAAAUGCGUAUAUUCUGCGCUCACGAGGCUGCUCAGGCUAUGGAGGAGGAAUCGCGUUGGGUAGAAGCUAGCUCAGUUUAUCGACUGACGAUGGAGCUGAUACAGUCCUUCGAGCUCCAACACAUGAAAAAUGCUGACAAGCAAAGGAAGGUAUCCCAGUUUAGCCUCGCAGCAACCUCUGGAGCAGCAGUUGUGCUGAACGCUGGAGGCUCGGCUGCGGAAGCUCUCUGCCUGCUAGAGUCUGGACGAGACCUAUUGGCAAGCUCUCUGAGGGAGUUACGUGGCGACAUCUCUCAACUCCAGGAUUCCUAUCCAGUUUUAGCAAAAGAUUUCGUCAUUCUUCGAGAAGUGAUCGAUGUAUCGCCUAAUAAACAAACAACCGUCGCCGCCACUCCCACCGAAAGUGUUCCAGCACUUUACAAAAUAGACAGGCAAUAUGCGGUGAAUGAAUUUCGAAAUCUUAUUCAUGAAAUCAGAAAGCUUCCGGACUUCACUGAUUUCCUUGCCACGCCCACCGUCAAUGAACUCAUGUCUGGAGCACGGAAUGGCUCGGUCGUUGUACUCAACUGGAGCCAGUCGAGAUGCGACGCAAUACUCGUCACCGUUGAUGAAAUAUCACAUAUUCGUCUUCCUGUCAAGGGAAUGCAUGUCGUAAGGAAGGUCAAACAGUUACGAGCGUCUGGCGUCUCCUUCGAACUGUUGAAAUGGCUAUGGGAUAUGGUCGUCUCUCCAGUGCUCAAAGAGCUUGGAUACGACAAGGCUCCUCCUAACGGAAAAUAUCCACGAGUCUGGUGGAUACCCACGGGAUAUUUUAGCCUUCUUCCAAUACAUGCCGCCGGUGUGCAUGAUGAUGGCUCACUCAAUACAUCGAUGGACAGAGUCAUGUCGUCCUACGCUACUUCAUUCAAAUCUCUUCUUAAUAGAAGGCAACAUACCAGAACAAACCAAGAGUCGGGCGGCUCAACAGACAUCACACAUGCAGCACUAGUAUCCAUGAGCACGACUCCAGGGCUUGGGCAAAACCAUGAUCUCCCUUUCGCCGAAGAAGAGAUACGAGUGGUGAAGGGGCUGAUGAUGUCACUCAAAAUCGCGGUUGCUGAACCAUCACCUAACCGUCUCGAGGUCUUGGGCGAACUUCGCCGCAGUCAAAUCUUACAUUUUGCAGGACAUGGAGGCCCUAAUGAUAAAGACUUGUCGGCCAGCUCUAUUCUCCUAAGAGACUGGGAGACCAAUCCUCUUACCACUGAAGAUGUUCGCUCAACAUCUCUGGCCGACUCACCACAAUUUCUCGCAUACCUUUCUGCAUGCUCAACUGGCCCAAACAACAAUGCAAGUGCUCUACUUGCAGACGAAAACAUUCACCUCAUCAGUAGUUUC